GUAAUGAAGUUUCAUUUGUAUCUGACGUGCCUUCAGGAAGUGAUUUUUAUAUCGGUGACACUGUUGUUACAAUUACUGCUGAUGAUGGCAAUGGCAAUAAUGCCUCCUGUAGUUUUACUGUUACAGUUAAAGACUUAAUUCCUCCUGUCAUAGUUUGCCCAUCGAACAUUAGCAACACAACUGAACUUGGUACAUCCACAUCUGUUGUUAUGUGGAAAGAUCUAACUGCAAGUGAUAACGGAGGUGGUGUCAGGAUAAAUUGUUCACCCGAAUCACAUUCAACAUUUGAACUUGGAAAUACACUGGUCGUGUGCGAUGCUUAUGAUGAAUUUAACAAUAGUGCAACAUGCUCAUUCAGUGUCAGUGUCAUAGAUGAAGAGCCUCCGUAUUUUGAUGUGUGUCCAACAAACAUCUCCGAGACAGUGCAUUCUAAUUCUAGUAGCUCCAAUGUGCAAUGGAGACCACCGAUUGCAAAUGACUCUGCCAGCUUAUGUGUUACAGUAAAACUUACAAUUGAAUCUCUGUUGCAUGAAGUAAAUUAUUGUGCUAAUAAAACAGAAAAUCCUCCAAUUCCACCAUAUGUUUUCUCUAUUGGAACUCAUGUUGUAUUGUAUGAAGCACGUGAUGAUGCCAACAAUUCUGUGGAUUGUUCCUUUAUUGUUGAAGUCAUUGAUGAUACAGAUCCAUUAAUCAUUGACUGCCCGAGUAACCUUAACUACACUACCGAUGAUGGUAAAACAUAUGCAACCAUUAGUUGGAAUCCAGUAUCUGCUACAGAUAAUUCUGGAACAGCAAGGGUUGAGCCAGAUCUGACUGGGGGUGAAUAUGAUAUCGGAGAACAUCAAGUUGUGUUUAUUGCAGUUGACAGCAGCAACAACAAAGUGUGGUGUGUCUUUAAUAUUACUGUUACAGAUAAUGAAGCACCGUCUGUAGUAGGGUGCCCAAACAAUAUAACUUCAGCAGCAGAGGAUGGUGGAAUUCACAAGCAAGUAUAUUGGGCAGAACCAGUUUUUACUGACAAUGAUUCUCCCUUGAAUAAGUCUCAGAAUUUUAAUUCAGGUGAUAUGUUUACCAUUGGUAUUCAUCAAGUAAUGUACACAGCAUUAGAUCCAUCUGGUCUAUGGGCGAUUUGUGUCUUUUUUAUACAUAUUCAAGACUUGGAACCACCAACUAUUCUGAACUGUCCUAGUGACAUUACAGCACAAGCUAAUGGAACAACUAAUAUUACAUGGUCACCCAUCCAAGCAUCUGACAAUACAGGUUCAUUAAACGUAACAUGUGACCACGAGUCAGGUGAAACAUUCCCUGCUGAGUCUACAACACCUGUUAUGUGUUCCACAAUUGAUCCCUCCGGGAAUGUUGACUCAUGUACCUUCUUUGUAAUAUUAACAGAUGCUGUAGUACCAAGAUUUACCUACUGUCCAGAUAAUAUACAAGUUCCUAAUGAUCCAGGAACAAAUUUUGCAGUUGUUGAUUGGUCAAUGCCAAUAGCUGUUGACAACAAUGGCAUACCAGUGAUCAGUAGUAACAAAGAACCCAACUCUACAUUCUAUAUCAACAUGCCAGAGACUGUAAUAUACACAGCAAGAGAUACUUCUUUGAGUAUUGGUCAGUGUAUAUUUACCGUGACAGUUUUAGACAAUGAAUUACCUGUUUUCAUCUCUUGUCCUAAUGACACAACUGUUGUUCCUUAUGGCUAUAAUUCUUCAGCUUUUGUUGAGUGGGAUCAUCCAGAAGCAGAAGAUAACGACGCAGUUUCCUCUCUGCUAGGCCCUCCUUCGGAAGAUAUAUUUGAAAUUGGUGAACAUCCACAGAAUUACAUUGCCUCUGAUAAUUUUGGCAAUUCAGCUGAAUGCUCCUUUACUAUAUUUGUUAAAGAUGUGCUGCCACCUCAGUUUGACUACUGUCCGGAUGAUAUAUUGAACUUUACAAGUCCACAAUUGCCAUAUGCUGUUGUUACCUGGCCAGAUCCUAUAGCCUCCGACAACUAUGGAAUUCCUAGUAUUAUUUCAAGUCCAGCAAGUGGUGAAGCAUUUAUGAUUGGUGUCGAUUUGGUACUGCUAACAGCUAGUGACACACAAGGGAACAAAGCAAACUGCUCAUUCAAUGUUACAAUAGUUGAUGUUGAACCACCCCGUUUGACCAACAACUGCCCAAUGAGCCAAACAGGAGUUGGCUCAUUUGUGACCUUCAUUUGGACGCCUCCAAUAUUUGCUGACAAUGAUGUUGUUAUGACCACAUUAAUCACACAUAACCCAGGUGUGUCUUUAACUGUUUUGGAUGGAACAACGCUAGUUAAUUAUACAGCCAUUGAUCCGUCUGGAAAUUAUGUAUCCUGCUUCUUUAACCUUACAGUUGAAGAUAAUGAUGCUCCUGUAUUUACCAAUUGUGCUGGAUUGUCAGUGAAUGGCACUACAGAUGUUAGAAGUAAUGUUAGUACAGUUUCUCUACCAUCAUUAUCGGCAACAGACAAUUCAGGUAACCAACCAACAAUCACAGACGAUUAUGUGGGGAAUAUAUUUCCAUUUGGUGAAACAGAUGUUGUAUAUACAGCACGUGAUGUUGCUGGCAAUGAAGCUACAUGUAUUGUGACUGUAACUAUCACAGACAAUGAACCUCCUAGGUUUAUGGAAUGCCCAGGAUCCUUGUCCGUAUCGGCUACCAACGCUACCACCACAUCAACAUAUGUUUGGGAUGAACCAAUUGUGACUGACAAUAUUGAAAUAAUGUCUGUGACAAGUAACAUUGAUUCAGGAAGUAUAUUUCCAUUGGGAACAACUGAAGUGAUAUACACUGCCACAGAUACAUCUGGGAAUAUUCAGAUAUGCAAAUUCGAUGUCACUGUACAAGAUGACACCUCGCCAUGGUUUACCUCAUGCCCACCAUCAUUGGUACAAUGUGCUAUUCCAGGCAACACUACCUCAUUGGUAACAUGGAUCAUUCCAUCAGCUAACGACAACGAUGGGCAGCCCAAUGUUACAAGUACACAUGACCAAAAUACAGUAUUUACUAUAGGUGAGGUUGAGGUGACUUACACAGCUACCGAUGCCACUGGAAAUAAUGGCUUCUGUAUGUUUACAAUUACAGUUAAAGAUUGUGAACUUCCCAAGAUCAUGAAUUGUCCUGAUAGCAUAUCAGUUACUCCAGAUCCUCUAAGAAACAACAGUGCGUAUGUCACUUGGGAUGAGCCAACUGCAACAGAUAAUUCGGGAAUCGCAACGAUAAAUAGCCCACAAGUCCCAGGAGAAUAUUCAGGAGAAACUGAGAUUAUUUACACAGCUACCGAUCCAUCAGGAAAUAAAGCUUUUUGCAUCUUUAAUGUGGUGGUUGGAGACAGUGAGGCUCCAACAUUUGAAAAUUGUCCUUCACAAAAUUUAACAGUAAUGACAGAUGAAGGGGAAAGUUACGGUAAUGUGAGCUGGAGCGAACCUAUUGCAUUGGACAAUGCUGGUAAAAGUGGAAUUACCAUAGGUUAUCCAGAUAUCCAACAAUACUCUCAUCAAAGUAUCGGUACAUAUCCUAUAGUAUACACUGCAACAGAUUUUGCUGGAAAUGUGGGAAAAUGUUCAUUCGCCAUCACUGUUGCAGAUGCGGAAGCUCCAAUGUUUGAAGGUUGUCCUUCAAAUUUGCAAUUUGAGACUCUGACUGGGAGCUCGAGGACCAUAGUUUCAUGGAUUGAACCAACAGUCUCAGAUAAUUCAGAUAGUGAUACUAACAUCACUUCUACACGUUAUCCUAACACUUCUGCUGACUUAGGGACAUUUCAAGUUACAUAUACAGCUGUGGAUCCCUCAAAUAAUAAAGCAACUUGUAUUUUUACAAUAUCUGUGGUUGAUGGUCAAGCGCCUAACUUCACCUAUUGCCCAAGUAAUAAUGUCUACACAACUAGUCCUGGUCUCUCUACUGGGACUGCCUACUGGAUUGAACCAUCUGCUACGGAUAACAUUGGAACACCGAUAUUGACUAAUACACGUCAGUCAAAUACAACAUUUGUUCUUGGAGAAACAGUGGUUACCUACACUGCAACUGAUUCUGUUGGAAAUACAGCUCGGUGUAGCUUUACUAUAGACAUUCAAGAUACUGAACCACCUGUCCUUAAAGACUGCCCAGGAGACAUAGUGUUGUCAAAUGAUACAAAUAUUGCAUUUUGGACUCCUCCUACUGCAACUGACAACACUGGAUUAUUAAGUAUAACAGCAUCACAUUCAUCUGGAAUAUCAUAUCCUGUAGGAAGUACAACUGUAAUAUAUACAGCAACUGACAAGUUUGAUAAUGAGGCAAAGUGCAAUUUUACAAUUAUUGCUACAGUUUUAAUCUCACCAGUUGUAAAAAACUGUCCUGAAUAUAUCGAAGCUGAAACUGAUGGUGAUGCUACCACUGCAGUUGUUGUUUGGGAAGAGCCCACAGCAGAAGAUGACAGCCCAUUAGUUUGUAUAAACAGCACCCAUAAGCCUGGAGAUGUAUUCCCCAUAGGCAGCACCACUGUCAUGUACAAAUUUGAAGACACAGAUGGACGUUUAGCAUUCUGUACAUUUAAUGUUGUAGUUACUGCUUCACCAGAUACAACACGACCUGUCUUAAUUUGUCCUGAUGAUAUUGAAGUCUCUUUAGGUCCAUUGUCUGAAACAGUCCAGGUUACUUGGGAUCCAGCAACAGUCUCUGAUAAUCGUGGCGGAAACAUAGAACCAUCUUCUACAGUUUUUCCAAAUUCUUUUUUUUCAUUUGGGGUUACAACUGUAGAGUAUAUUGCCUUUGAUGAAGCUAACAACAAGGGAAGCUGUACCUUCACUGUUAACGUCACAACGGUACCCGAUACAGAAGUGCCUGAGUUUGAUUUAUGUCCAGAUGAUGUAACACGCAUAAUUGGCAAUACCACAGAAAAUCCUGUUGUCACAUGGAAUGUUCCCACUGCAACAGACAACUCAGGAAAUGUGGAAGUAAUAUCAGCGAUGUAUAAACCUGGUGAUGCUUUUGGACCAGGCCACACAGUUGUUUUAUAUACAGCAGUUGAUCCAUCAAGUAAUUCUGCAGUAUGCAGCUUUACUAUCACUGUAAUUGUUGAUGAUGAACCUCCAGAUUUUGAAGAUGCAUGCCCAGGUGAUAUUACAGUCACAAAUACAAACCCACAGGAUUCAGCUAUUGUGACAUGGAAUGAACCAACUGUUACGGAUUUAACUACAGUAACUACUAUUAUGUCGAAUGGUCCAAACACUUCAUUCCCACUUGGAACCACAACAGUGACAUAUACAUUUUCUGACCAAUUUGCUAAUGUUGUAUCAUGCAGUUUUAAAGUUCUUGUCCAAAAUGAAGACCUAUGUCAAGAAAUGCCAUGUUUAAAUGGAGCUGCAUGUUCUAGUGAUGGAAUCACAUAUUCUUGCACAUGUACUUCAGGAUGGACUGGGAAUAAUUGUUCAAUAGAUAUUGAUGAGUGUGCUGAUAAACCGUGUGAAGAACAAUUUGUAUGUCAAAAUGUUGAUGGUUCUUAUAUAUGCGACUGUCCACCAGGAAAGGCACCAAAUAAUGCUGGUGAUGAAUGUGUAGAUGGAUCAUCUAUCAGAGCUGAUGUAGUUGUAGCAGCUAAUUAUACAGAAGACCUUGCUGACAGUACAUCAGCAGCAUACCAGAAUUUUGUCAAAUCAAUUAUUGAUGAUCUCAUAAAGGCUUUCAUAGACAUUCAAGAAUACCUGGGCGUGAAAAUUACUCGAUUGCAGCCAGGCAGUGUUAUAGUAGAAUUUAUUGUGAUUUUUGAACAAAUGUCAAAUGUAAGUACUACAGAUGUCCAACAGGCUCUUGAUGGUUUUAUCGAAGAAAAUAAUGGUGUGCUUGGUGAAUUUCCUGUUAGUGAAAAUGGAACUCAGGUGAUCGAAGAGUUGUGUGAUAAUGGAUACUGUAAAAAUGAUGGCGUAUGCUCAGUUAAUCAAGACUACCGAAGUUCAUGCACAUGUCAAGAGGGAUAUACUGGUGUAACUUGUGAAGAGUUGAUUGAUAGUGAACCACCAGAGUUUUCAGAAUGUCCAGAGAUAAUUAUGUAUAAGGUACUUUCUGAAAUAUCAAGUGUACUUGUCCGCUGGAAUGUUGAGGCUAGCGAUAACUCUGGUAGGGCACCAACAUUGUCAUCGUCUCCAUAUGUCUCUGGUGAAAGUCGACUAGAACCAGGAGACUAUAUGAAUGAGAUAACAGCAGUAGAUGAAUAUGGAAAUGUUGCCAACUGUACUUUCCCCAUUAAUGUGGAUGUUGCAUCUGACACCUUUGUUAUCAAUGCUGAAAUGACAUUGGGUGCAGUUGGCACAAACUUCAUCCAAGAUUUGGAUGACCUUUUCCGAUUGACACCUAUUGGUGAUUAUUUUGCUGGAGUUGUUUCAUUAGGUGCUUCAUCAACCAAAAUGACCUUAAUGUUCUACUUUACCUCACAAUCUGUUACUGAGUUAGAUGUUCUAUCAAGUUACAUGGCUGCUGCCCCUUCUAAUGUGUUUGGUAGUAAUGUAGUUACAUUGUUCAUUGUUGGGGAUGGGCCUUGUGAGGAGAAUGUGUGUGGAGCCAAUGGUGAGUGCAAUGCUGUGGGUCAGUCAGAGUACACAUGCACAUGUAACACUGGCUGGGAAGGAACAAAUUGCAGUACAGACAUCAAUGAAUGCAGCAAUAGUGAAAUUUGUCCAAUUGAUGGUGAAGUUUGUCAAAACCGUGUUGGUUCAUUUGAAUGUCUAUGUCCUCCUGGACAAUGGAGGAUUAACAGGGAAUGUACUGACGCAAAAGAAUUCCGGAGUUUCUUGGUUCUUGAACAGACGUUUGAUGAUGCUCUUAAUAUGGAGAGCUCUGUAGAAUACCUGAUGCUUCAAGAUGACCUCUUGCCAUUGAAACCAAACAAAUUCUGA